CAAAUCUAAUGGCAGCAGUCCAAGCGGUGGAAGUAGGAAUCAGCCAUUAAACCAAAGGGAAAAAGGGCAAAAAUGUGUCAAUAAAACAGCCAUUAAACCAAGGGAAAAGGAUAAAAUUGGAAACGGGAACCAAAAUUGAGGAUCGCAGCGGGCAAACAUGAAAGGCAGCUAACCCCACAAUGUUGGCAACCCCCUUCGGCGCUUUAUGUAUUUAGAGAUUGUGAAACCUCUGCAGAUUCAACAACGGUUGAGAAAUGGGAUGCACUUUUGGACACAAUCGAGAUCCCCGACAUACGGUUGGUCGUGGCAAGGAUGUUAGCAAUUUGUUCACGUUUAUGGAAGUAAGUUCUGUUCGUGCAAGUGCUGGUAAAGUGAUCUGCUGCCACUUCUCAUCAGAUGGUAAGCUACUAGCUAGUGGCGGCCAUGAUAAAAAGGCUGUUUUGUGGUAUACAGAUACUUUAAAGCCUAAAGCAACACUUGAAGAGCACUCAAUGCUUAUUACUGAUGUUCGUUUCAGUCCAAGCAUGGCACGCCUUGCAACAUCUUCUUUUGAUAAAACUGUCCGGGUUUGGGAUGCAGAUAAUCCUGGGUAUACACUUCGUAACUUUACUGGACAUUCUGCUGGUGUAAUGUCUUUGGACUUCCACCCGAAUAAAGAUGAUCUUAUAUGUUCAUGUGAUGGGGAUGGUGAGAUAAGAUAUUGGAGCAUCAAUAAUGGUAGCUGUACAAGGGUAUUCAAGGGGGGCAUGGCACAGGUGAGAUUUCAGCCACGUCUUGGAAGAUAUCUUGCUGCAGCUGCUGAGAAUGUCGUGUCAAUACUGGAUGCGGAGUCACAGGCUUGUCGGCAUAUAUUAAAGGGGCAUACAAAACCAGUACAUUCUGUUUGCUGGGAUCCUUCUGGUGAACUGCUGGCAUCUGUUAGUGAGGACUCUGUCAGAGUCUGGUCAUUGGCAUCGGGAAGCGACGGAGAAUGUGUGCACGAGCUUAGUUGUAAUGGCAACAAAUUUCAUUCCUGUGUUUUCCAUCCUACAUAUUCGUCAUUGUUGGUUAUUGGAUGUUACCAGUCUCUGGAGCUUUGGAACAUGGCGGAGAACAAGACCAUGACCCUGCCAGCACAUGAAGGAUUGAUUGCUUCCUUGGCUGUUUCUCCCGUUACAGGCCUGGUUGCUUCAGCCAGUCAUGACAAGAUUGUUAAGCUGUGGAAAUAAAAUGUUUUUUCUGUUGUGCCUUCUUAUGCAAUCAUCGUACGUUUGACAUGGUUUUAAAAUGCGGGCUCUCAGCAAAUGCAGUUGACGUUUGCUUUGUUACCCCUUAGCUUUUGUUGUUCUGUGAUUUUCUUCCUUUUUUUUUUGUGGGGACUUUUGAGUGCUAUGUAACCUAAGCAGUAGAACUUAAGAACCAACCCUUUUAGUGUUGUUUCUCAAGUGUGUUAUUAUCACGCCCAAAUUUGCUCAAAUACUUCUUCA